GGUUCCAGCAGCAGCAGCUAUGUGGCAGAGGAGGAGAAGGAGGAGGGGAGCAAGAGGUGCUGGUGCCCGACAACAGCGUGAUUGUUCCCUUUAUGUUCAGCGGAGGAGCUCAGAAGCAGCACGGUGCUGAUAUUUGGGAGCAUCAAACAGUGGUGCUAUUGAUCUCUAGCAACAGUACCCGCAUAGCUGCUGUCCAGUCUACGGGAGGAGGACAGAGGAGGGAUUUUGGUAACAUUGCUGACUGUGACUCAUGACCACAAAGGCCUUAUUCUCUUUAUCAAUCCCCACACUUUAGUGGGCACCAAGGUAGCAUUUUGGAUGCAGGUUGUCUGUUCAUUGCUGUGCCUUGGCCUGGCGGGGGCACUUGCUGUGUUGCAAAAGGACCAGGUGGCCCAGCAUACAGUAAAGCUUUUUCAGAAGCAUGAGCUCACACAUAACCAGAACUGGGUGACCGGCAACUGCAAGAAGCUGGUUGCCCUCCUACAUCAGAAGAAUGUGGUUGUCAGGAAGCUGGCAGCUGCUGCAAACGCUGCUGGAAGAGACCAUAACCUUUCUGAACCUGAGAGACUUUUCCAGGUUCACACCUUUGAGGUUUUCCAGAAGGAGCUGAAUGAGAGUGAGCACCUGGUAUUCCAGGCCAUGCACGGCCUGCAGAGGGCGCUACAGGGAGAUUACAGAGAUGUGGUGAAUAUAAAGGAAAGCAGCAGACAGAGACUGCAAGCUCUCAGGGAGGCAGCCAUCAAGGAAGAGCAGGAGUAUGUGGAGCUGGUGGCUGCUGAGAAGCACCAACAGGAAGCUAUGAAGAAUGCUCUCACAAAGAAUAAAACUCUAUCCAUUUUGGAUGAGAUCCUGGAGGAUGUCAGGAAGGCGGCAGACCUGCUAGAGGAGAAGAUUGAGGAGCAUGCUUUUGACAACAACAAACAGAUGAAAGGAGUGAAUGUUGAGGCCGUACUGAGAGUGGAGGAUGAUGAUGAGAGUGGAGGAAACCGGAAAAACAAGUCCAAGCAGAAAGAAGUAGAAGACGAUUUGGGCUUGAGUAUGCUCAUUGACUCGCAGAACAACCAGUAUGUCCUGACCAAACCACGGGACUCCACAAUGCCAAGAGCAGACCAUCACUUUAUCAAGGACCUGGUUUCAGUUGUGAUGUUGUCCCUGCCCUGUGGUUGGCUGUGUACUCUGAUGGGGCUUCCUCCCAUGUUUGGUUACAUCAUCUCUGGGGUUCUGCUCGGUCCUUCUGGCCUCAACAGCAUCAAGUCUAUGGUCCAGGUGGAGACUUUAGGGGAGUUGGGGGUGUUCUUCACCCUGUUUUUGUUGGGCUUGGAGUUCUCACCUGAACGUCUAAGGAAGGUAUGGAAGGUGUCGGUUCAGGGAUCAUGCAACCUGUGUCUGCUAAUGGUGGUAGCUGGCUUGUUAUGGGGACAAGUCCUGCAUAUUCCCCAAACCCAGACUGUCUUCAUUUCCACUUGUCUGUCCCUGUCCAGCACUCCAUUAGUGUCCCGCUUCCUGGCAGGAGGGAGCAGAGGAGAGAAGGAAGGUGACCUGGAGUACAGCAGUGUACUUCUCGGGAUGCUCGUGAUGCAAGAUGUUCAGCUUAGCCUCUUCAUUGCUAUCAUGCCUACUCUUAUCCAGGCUCAAAGUGGAGACUCUGAAAACUUUCUGCUUGGGAGCCUCUACAUGCUUUAUCUCCUGGCUCAGGUCCUGGUCUGUCUGGCUGCUGUGUUGCUGCUGUGUGUCUUAUUUAAAUCAUUCCUGAUUGGCCCCUAUUACAAGAAGCUGCAUGCUGAGAGUAAAGGCAACAAGGAGAUCCUGGUGCUGGGAAUGGCAGCUCUCGUCUUUUUCAUGCUGACAUUGACAGAGUUUCUGGAUGUUUCUAUGGAGCUGGGCUGUUUCCUGGCUGGAGCUUUGCUGUCCACCCAGGGUCACAUGGUUACUGUAGAGGUCAUGGCAUGCAUUGAGCCAGUCAGAGACUUCCUUGCCAUCAUCUUCUUUGCUUCUAUUGGUCUCCAUGUGUUUCCCACAUUUGUGCUGUAUGAACUGACCAUCCUGCUGGUACUAACUUUCACACUUGUCAUUAUGAAGUUCUUGAUGGCCUUCUUCGUGCUUUCAUUCAUUUUGCCUUCGGGCUCCCGACACAUAUGCUGGAUUGUCUCCGCUGGCUUGGCACAGGUCAGCGAGUUCUCCUUUGUCCUAGGCAGCCGUGGACGUCGUGCUGGCAUAAUCUCCAGAGAGGUGUACCUGCUGGUUCUCAGUGUCACUACUCUCAGUCUGCUCCUGGCGCCGCUGUUGUGGAGACUUACCACACACAAGUGGGUUACCCGUGACGAACGCAAAGCAGUAAUAUGACAGAACAGUUGUUCACGUGCACUGUGUCUGUCGAGACCUGAAGCAGCAUCACGACAGCCGGUUGGUGCAGCAGACUCUGCAAAUCUUUUUUUUUGUUCUUGAUUGAAAGGCUGUUCUAGUUAAACGACCACCGACACGUGAAUUUGUCAGAAUUACUGCACGUGAGGAAAGAAAGGAUCGACAGAAAGAGAAAACAUUAUUAUCUUGUUCUUCAAGCCAACUGUAACUGAACUUAUUCCAUGGAUGGGAGCGAGGUGGAAAAGCGGUUAGUGCUUGAGCAGCAGGUUCCCAGUUCAAGACCACCUGUCACAUGGAGUUGUCAGGAGGGGCAAAAAAUGUGCCAAAUCAACAUGCAGCUCCAGCGCUGAUCUACUGUGGGGACGCUGAGGGAGGAAAGGGAACAUACUCACUGAAAUAAAUCCAGAAUGUUCCGAAGAUCUUCUACUUUCACUAAUUUAGUUUUAUUCAUUUUAAUAAAUUCCCUGUAUCCCUUUCACAUGAAGAAAUACAUUUUAUUUACAUGAACUUUUCAUGAUAAUGACCAGGGCUGCAUUUAGGAUCUGAUUGUAAAGUAUAUGUCAAAGCUUUGAGACUGAUUGUGCGUCAGCUGUAAUCGUGCACUAAUGAGAAACCCAUAUGACGUGCUGAUAGUUUACUUUGUGAGCACAGAACACUUACAUCAUUCCAAGUCUAAUUGCCUUUCAUAUGCUCACUUAAAUUGUUAAAAUUGUUCUGUUAAAAGCAGAAAUGAUGGUUUGUCUCCGGUCAGAGUGUCUGAAUAAUUUUCAUCUCAUCUCUUUCACUCGCCUUUAUGCUGCAUCUUCCACAUCCACAGCUUCCUUCUAACAGCCACUUCGACCAAAUCAGAGGGCUCACAUCUUUAUAUACUGUAGGGGAGGAGUGAUGCACUAGCGCCACAAUGCGAUAUACAUUAUGAAACUUCAAUUAUGAUUCAAUACUUAUGACGAUACAUUAUUACAUCCCUGUUCACAAUAAUUAUGGAGAAAGUAAAUCCGCAGAAGAAACAAUUCUGAUAUGUAAAUUGUAAAUCCUGUCUGUUUCCCUCUUGUAUGCUUUAUGCAUAAUUUCUGUUUCUUUUGCGAGAGAUCAUUAUCUCUUUUCUUGGUAUCAUGAUGCUCAUUUAAAAAAAAAAAAGUAUCAUUAUAGGGUUACCACAAUACACAGUGUAUCAUUCAUCACCGUUCUUCCCAUCUUUAUUAUCACAGAUGUCGUGUUGCAUUAUUUUCAAACUAGCUGGCCUUUUUAAUGCCUUUUAAAAGCUGCUUAGUUUCACUAUGCCAUAUUUUUCAGAGUACAAGUAAAGACCUGUCAAACGCCUCUUUGAAUGGAAAACAAACAUACAAGUUGCACUUUUUUUCUGUUAUGUUUUUAAUUUGGGAUUUUUGUGCACUGUUGUGGUCUACUUUUUAUUAUUGGCAUUUAUCCUUUCAUUAUUGGAUUUUAUUUUGUUUUGUGCUUUAACUCCUUGGAAAGCCCUGCAUAAGUAGUCUCUGUAAUAAUUUUUAUUAAUAAGGAAAUUGUGAUUCCCCCCCCUUUUUUUUUAAGUAUGUAAGUCGCACUGGAGUAUAAGUCACAAGACCUCCCAAGCUAGAAACAACAAACAAAAAACGCUUCCCUCAUGAUGUUGUUGUGCAUGACGUUUGUUUAAUUCAGGUUUAGGUUGCUACAGAAUACACAUUCAGAUGCUGGUGGAUCUUAUGAUAUAUUUGUUAGAUCAUCAUUGCACUGCUGAGUCAUUAGCUAAGAUCUCACAUUUUAUUUUAACUUUAAACUCCAUUAUAAUAAUUUCUUGUACAAAAACUGUUCUUGUCUUUAUGGCUUAAUUUUUUUUUUUCUCAUUUGCAGUCAUCAGCCUGUGUCUCAUCAGUAAGAACUAUUUUUUGAAGUUAUUCCAAAUGUUGCAUUGAGAGCACUGUAUAAUCUUGCACUAGUUUCUGGAGAAUGUUAAAGGGUUGAGUUAAAAAAUUAACACUCAACAGCUUUGUACUACGAU